AACCGGGAUCAUUUAUCAAAACAAAAUAAUGUUAAAGUUAUUUAAUGCUUCGAAAUCGAGAUUAAGUAGUAUUUCUCGUAACAUCUCUGCAUUAUCAAAGAGUCAGCAAGGUGGUGAAGUUGUUAAAGUACAAGAUAAAGAUGAUGCCAUCAAAUCUAUUAGCAAAAAACCUACAAGAUUGCCUUUAGUGAAAAAUUUCUUUCUUGGAAAAAUUGACACUGAACUGAUUCCUUAUCCGGAAGUUCUUUAUGAAAAUGAUUAUCUCGAUAUAGUAAAUCAACGUAAAAAAUUCUACGAAGAUUUUCUGGAAACAAAUGUUUUUUCAAAUCCUGACAAUGUCAACAAUUUAGCAAAACUCAAAGAGAUCGGCGCAUUUCGUAGCAAUUCAAUGCUCUUUACGGAAGCUUGCUACAGUGUUAGUGAACCUGAAGCGAAGUUCCUUAGUUACAGUACUUUCUUAAGAAAUCAUCAUCAAGUUUACAGGAUCUUGAGUGACUUUGCAAAUGAAAAUCAGAAAAGUGAUUUGCUUCCGAGAUUAGAUUCCGGUGAACUUUUCGGUACUCCAUGUUUAUUCGAGAAAACAUCUUUCAAAAAUAACAAGCAUUUGAUGAUGUGCAGAGCAACAUACAAAGACUCAAAAGAAGUUUGGAUGGUCAACGGGGAGAAAUCAUUCAUCGUAAUGUCACCAACAGAUAAGGAUUCGUCGCUCUUUCUUGUUUUUGUAUCAACAGAAUCAAAAAAUUUCAUCGGCGAUUAUGAAGAAUCAAUUCGGGUAUGUGUCAUUGAAGGUAAUACACCUGGAAUUACAAUUUCUAGACCUGAUGAAACUCUUGGAUUUGAUGAGAAAACUUUAAGUCAAGUCACAGUAACAUUUCAAGAUGUGGAAAUUCCUGAUUCUGCUUUCCUUGUUGAAAAAGAUGUUCAAGAUCAACGAAUAAUUCCUACAUUAAUGAGUUACUUACGUCUUGAUAAAGGAGUUCAAGCAAUGGCUGAUCAAAAUGUUGACGUUGAAUCAGCGAUGGUUCAAGCAUACGCAAUUGAGACCAUGACUGACUUCAUAGUUCGUCCUUUGCAUGUUGUUGGACCAGAAGCUGUCAUUAAAACAUUUGAAUUUGAAAAAUUGUUACGUGAUGCAAGUCAAAUUGCUGCAAGUGCUGAAACAUUGGAUGGAAUUCGACAUUUUUUGGCAAUGUCAGGUUUACAAUAUGCUGGCGUUUACUUGAAUGAAGACGUGAAAAAGCAAAGAAAUCCAUUCGCUAAUCCUGGAUUUAUGUUCUCUCGAUAUCUUGGCGAAUCUUCAAUUGAACAUCCAAAAUUGAAAUACAAAUUUGAACAUUUUGUUCAUCCCUCGCUUGUUACUGCUGGAGUAGCUGUAGAAGCUUCAAUAAGUCGUCUUGGUGAUGCUGUCGACAUUCUUUUAGGUCGUCAUGGUAGUCUCAUCGUUGAGCAUACAGUGGAAGUUAACAAAAUCGGUGAAGCUGCAACACUCUGCUACGCAAUGUUUGCUUCAAUUGCACGCGCUUCAAGAUCUUACUGCAUU